UAUAUAGGACCAAGCAACGGAGAUAGACACAGAAGGAGAGAGAGAUCUGGAGAGAGCAAGAUAGACGGAGUGAGACAGACUUUCCUACAAACAACCGAUGUAAUUGGUACCUUUUGAAAUCUCUUGGAACACAACUCUAAACUGAGUGUAGGAGUCUCUGAUCACAUCUUUAGCCAUAUUUCCAUUGAAUUUCACACUGAUGGAAACUUCUUUGUACCUCACCCUCCUAAUCUCAGGGUUCUACACACCUUCCUCGUGUCUUAUUUGUCAGUAUCACGUCAUAAACAUAAAAAAGACCUGGACGGAUGCCCAGAGUUACUGCAGAGCACAUUACACUGAUCUGGCUACAGUAGAUGACAUGGAGGACCUGAACAGGCUGAUGACCAGUGUCAGUAGUUCUAAUUACUGGUUCUGGAUCGGACUGAAGAAGGGAGACUCCAUGAAGUGGCACUGGUCUCUGGCAGACAGACGUUUCUACAGAGAGGGGGAGACUGAGUUCAGAAACUGGGACACUGGAACACCCCAAAAUGGUAACUGUGCUUUAAUGAGUACAUCUGGUCUGUGGAACAACACCUCCUGUGAUGACCAGCAUCACUUCAUCUGUUAUGAUGGAAAACAAGACACCAACCAAACAUACGUCUUAAUUCAGGAGAACAGGACCUGGAUAGAUGCUCAGAGUUACUGCAGACAGUAUCACACAGACCUGGUCAGUGUGAGGAACCAGACUGAGAACACAGAGAUAAAUAAGAAGAUAACACUGAGGGGACUUCCUGUGUGGAUCGGUCUGUUUCUAGACUCCUGGAGAUGGUCAGACCAGAGUGACUCCUCAUUCAGAAACUGGUUGCCAGGAUGGCUUUCAACAGAACAGAGAUACAACUGCACUCUCGUGCAUUCUAAUCCUUCUUCUUCAAAUCAUGCUAAAAUGAGAAAUUAUCCCUCUGAUGACACCUUUCCUUUCAUCUGCUCCGCUGUGGAGACCACAAUGACUACAGCGACCACGACUACCCCCCUGCCCAUGACCAUAACUACCCCCUGCCCACGACCACGACUACCCCCUGCCCAUGACCACAACUACCCCCUGCCCACAACCACGACUACCCCCUUUGCUGGAAAAAUGUCCCUCAUUAAUCAUUAUUCUGUUAACAGGACACCUUCCUCAUGUCUUCAUCAGUAUCACCUCAUUUCCAUCAAUAUGAUCUGGACUGAUGCCCAGAGUUACUGCAGAGCACAUUACACUGAUCUGGCUACAGUAGAUGACAUGGAGGACCUGAACAGGCUGAUGACCAGUGUCAGUAGUUCUAAUUACUGGUUCUGGAUCGGACUGAAGAAGGGAGACUCCAUGAAGUGGAACUGGUCUCUGGCAGACAGACGUUUCUACAGAGAGGGGGAGACUGAGUUCAGAAACUGGGACACUGGGACACCCCAAAAUGGUAACUGUGCUUUAAUGAGUACAUCUGGUCUGUGGAACAACACCUCCUGUGAUGACCAGCAUCACUUCAUCUGUUAUGAUGGAAAACAAGUCACCAACCAAACAUACGUCUUAAUUCAGGAGAACAGGACCUGGAUAGAUGCUCAGAGUUACUGCAGACAGUAUCACACAGACCUGGUCAGUGUGAGGAACCAGACUGUGAACACAGAGAUAGAGAAGAAGAUAUCACUGAGGGGACUUCCUGUGUGGAUCGGUCUGUUUCUAGACUCCUGGAGAUGGUCAGACCAGAGUGACUCCUCAUUCAGAAACUGGCAUUCAGGACGGCCUUCAACAGAUCAGAGACACAACUGCACUCUGGUGUCUUCUUAUCCUUCUUCUGAUUAUUCUAAAUGGAUAAAUCAUCCCUGUGACUACAACUUUCCUUUCAUCUGCUAUGAGGCUCUUCAACUGAAGAGACAGGUGGUGAGAGUGAAGAUGACACAAAGGGAUCAACAUUUGAACCUCAGAGAUCCUGCUGUUCAAGACGCCAUCGUACAAGAGAUAAGGAACAAGCUGAAGGAGCAGGGGUUACCUGCAGACACCAAAGUGACAUGGAAAAAGCAGCCUGAUGGGAAGGUCUUCCACAAGGAGGAAGAGGGGUCUCCCAAGAAAGAAGAGGAGGAGAAGAAGAUGAAGAAGAGGAUGAUGACAAAGAGAGAACUCUAUGUUAAAUGUUCUCCUUACAUUUCUCUUUUUAUUUACAUUAAUAAUCUGUACUGGUCCAGAGUGUCUCAGUUUAACUGAAACAAGUCUUUAUCUGAGAUACAGUUAAUUGUUUUAUCAUACAGAAUAUUGUUUUAUCAUAUAUUU